UCUUCACAAGCUUUAGAGUUUUUUACCAUCAAACAUGGUUAAAUCCUCGGCAGAGCAGAAGCCCCGAAAUAGCUUACAGAAGAAAACACAAGAGUUGAAGGGAGUGAGAAUGAGAAAAUGGGGGAAAUGGGUUUCGGAAGUGAGAGUGCCCAAUUCCAGAGCCAGAAUUUGGUUGGGAUCUUAUGAUACCCCUCAACAGGCUGCUCGGGCUUAUGACUGUGCUGUGUAUUGCCUCAGAGGAUGCAAAGCAAAGUUUAAUUUUCCCGAUUCUCUGCCGGAAAUUCCAUCGGCCUCGUCAUUAUCUACCGCACAAAUUCAAGCUGUGGCGGCCAAGUUUGCGAGGGAAGAAAUCCGGCAGGCGCCGGAUAAGUGCUCUGCAUUUUCUUGUCCCGACUCGGUGUGUUUUACGGGCAGCCUCACGAUUUUGGAGGAGCAGGAGUGGACGCAGUUGUUUGAGUCCCUUCUUCAGGAUAUUGAGAGAAACCCGUCUCUAAAGUUUGAGGAUUUUCCUAUGAUUCAGAAUGUUGGUUUUCUUCCGGUAGAGGGAGAACAGAGAGGAAGUUUUCCAGCUGACGGAACAUCCGAACACAAAUUUGAAAGUCACGUCCAGUGACCAGGAGCAAGGGCUUUUUAUAACUGCCCCUGAACACUGCAAUUCCUUAUUCUUUUUACAUAUUUCUUAGAUUAUCAUACAACUAUUAUUUAAUGCGGAAUAGUGUAGAAAUACACUUAUAUAGGAACUUGUUAGUUAAGGAUUUAUUUUCUUUGAUGACGAUAAAUCGAGAUCAAAGAUAACGAACAUGAAUAAAACUGUGUAGAAUGAUGAUACACGUAGAUGAUAUGGUUAGGAUGUUCUAUAAUGUUCUCAUGUGAGGGAUCCAUGUUCUAUAAUGUUUUCAUGCGAGUGCUUCUUGAUGAUCUUAAAUCACAUUAAUUAAUGUUAAUCCUUGUAUGCAAUUUGAAAUAA